AUGAGCAGAUAUCAAGCUCAGUACAAGUACUCGAAGCUAAUGGCGGGAUACGUCAUGACUAGUCAGCCAGUCCUAGCAGAUGAGGUUCAAACGUUCAAGGCACUUAUAACGGUUCACAAAGUCCUACAAGAAGGGCACCCGGUAACGGUCAAAGAAGCACAAGCUCAUGUCCCGUGGCUGGAUACUUUAGCCAGAGGAGUGGCAGGCGAGGGACUCCGAGGUAUCUCUAGGCCCAUGUCUUCAACAGGCGACUUCGAAAGCGGAAGAAUUUUGCUGAUUUGUGACUUAGGCUAUGGCCCGUUGAUCAGAGAAUACGUAUUCUUUCUUGAAUCGAAGCUGGGGUUUCAUCGGCAACAUCCAGAAUUCAAUGGAUUGUUUGAAUAUGAAGAAUAUAUCAGCCUCAAAUCCAUCAAUGACCCAAAUGAAGGAUAUGAAACGAUUACAGAUCUCAUGAAUCUACAGGACCAGAUUGACGCUUUCCAAAAACUUAUAUUUUCGCAUUUCCGUGGUGGAGCUAAUAAUGAGUGCAGAAUCUCUGCGUUAGUUGCAUUAGUCCAAGAAAGCUAUGGAAUAUACAAGUUUAUCACUAGCAUGUUGAGGGCCAUGCAUACCAGUAAGCUUAACAUUCGUCAUAGUCAGAUCUGUGGUAUUGACGGCCGAAUAGCUACUGGUGAUGAAGAACCAUUGGAACCACUUCGAGGGCGAUACGAUGCCCAGCAUUAUCGACUCGUUAAAUUUUACUACGAGUGUUCGAAUUUACGAUAUUUAACAAGCCUCAUCACCGUUCCAAAACUUCCACAGCAACCCCCGAAUCUGCUUAGUGAAGAAGAGGACAGACCAGCUCUUCCUAAGCGGCCAGCCAAGGAAGUUGAGAAGGAGCCGACACCUCCGCCAAAGAACAGCAUUCCUGACCCUGAACCUAUAAAUGAUUUUUGGUCAACAGAGGCAAAACGCCAGCAGGAAGAGUAUGAAGCCGAACAAAAUCGACUGCAACAGCAAUGGGAAGAUCAGCAGCGACAACAGAUGGCUGCCCAAUUACAGGCGCAACGUGACUUUGAAGAACAGCAAAGGUUGCAAGCGGAGCAACAACGCUUAGCACAAGAGCAAUUACUUCGUGAUCAAUAUCAGCAACAGACACGUGGCCGCCUUGCUGAACUCGAGCAAGAGAACUUGAAUGCUCGCGCUCAAUACGAGCGAGACCAACUCAUGUUACAGCAAUAUGAUAAACGUGUCAAAGAUCUGGAGGAGCAGCUCAACCAACUUAAUUCGAACUACAACCUCCAGAAUACAUCCAAAGACGACCAGAUCCGAGCACUUCAGGAACAGGUUAACACCUGGCGAACAAAGUACGAAGCACUUGCGAAACUCUACUCUCAACUACGACAAGAGCAUCUAGAUUUGCUACAGACCACAAAAUCCUUGAAGCUUAAGGCAGUUUCCGCGCAGGAGGCAAUUGAGAGGCGGGAACGACUUGAACGUGAGAUGAAGACCAAAAACCUAGAGCUUGCCGAUAUGAUACGAGAGCGUGAUCGAGCUCUUCACGAAAGAGAUAGGAUUUCCGGUGGGAACAAAGAGGAUCUUGAAAAGCUAAGGAGGGAGUUAAGGUUGGCCAUUGAGAGGGCGGAGAAUGCGGAGCGUGCCAAGGGUUCUGAAAUCUCCGCCAUGCUCGCGAAGUAUAAUAGAGAAAUGGCGGACCUCGAGGAAACUCUAAGGAACAAAAGCCGCGCCCUUGAAGAUGCUCGCAACAGCACUGGAGAAAGAGAUCAUGAUCAUGAUCUGGCGUUACAAGAAAAGGACGAAGAGAUAGAAGUUUAUAAAUCUGGAAUGGAGCAGGCUCUAUUGGAACUGGAGGAACUUAAAUUGAAUCAAGGAGAUGUCGACAAGGCACUUGAUACGCAAAUCGAUGAUGUCCUACUCAGUUCCGUAACUAAGAUCAAUGAUAUCAUCGAUUCUGUACUGCAGAGUGGUAUUCAGCGAGUAGACGACGCCCUGUAUGAACUCGACUCUACUAUGCAAGCGGGUAAUCAAAACGCCUCGCCUCCAUACGUACUAUCACAGAUUGAAAAAGCAUCAGCAAGUGCGACCGAGUUUUCAACAGCGUUCAAUAACUUUAUCGCAGAUGGCCCUGGCAGCACGCAUUCCGAAAUCAUCCGCACGGUCAGCAUUUUCUCUGGCUCGAUAGCAGAUGUUCUAAGCAAUGCAAAGGGCUUGACAAGGUUUGCAACGGACGAGAAGAAGGCCGACCAGCUCAUCAACGCAGCACGACAAUCAGCACAGUCUACCAUGGCCUUCUUCCGGGCGCUGCAGUCUUUCCGGCUCCAGGAUUUAGAACCACUCCAGAAGACGGACGUUGUUAUUAACAACAACCAUGAAAUUGCGGUGAACUUGCAGCGGCUUUCUAAACUGGUGGAUGCGUUUGCUCCCAAGAGCACGAAGUUAAGCGCGGCGGGCGAUCUAGGGGACUUGGUCGAUCGCGAACUAAGCAAUGCGGCUAAUGCCAUCGAGGCCGCAGCGGCACGGUUGGCGAAACUUAAAAAGAAGCCGAGGGACGGAUACUCGACAUACGAACUACGCAUUCACGAUUCAAUCUUGGAGGCGUCUAUUGCGGUGACGAAUGCCAUCGCCGAGCUUAUCAGGGCGGCUACGGCGUCGCAGCAAGAGAUCGUCAGAGAAGGACGAGGCAGCUCGUCCCGCACAGCGUUCUACAAGAAAAACAACCGAUGGACGGAAGGGUUGAUUUCAGCCGCGAAGGCCGUUGCCACAUCGACCAACACGCUGAUCGAGACAGCGGAUGGGGUUAUAUCUGGGCGCAACUCGCCGGAGCAGCUGAUCGUUGCGAGCAACGACGUGGCUGCCAGCACGGCACAGCUCGUCGCGGCCAGCCGCGUCAAGGCGACGUUCAUGAGCAAGACGCAAGACCGCCUGGAGACGGCGAGCAAGGCGGUUGGGGUGGCGUGCCGGUCGCUGGUACGCCAAGUGCAGGGUAUCAUCGCGGAGAAGAACCGCGAUGAUACAGAGGCUAUCGACUACACCCAGCUGAGCGGACAUGAGUUCAAGGUCCGAGAAAUGGAGCAGCAGGUCGAGAUUCUACAAUUGGAGAACAAGCUUUCGCAAGCGAGACAGCGGCUGGGGGAAAUGCGCAAGAUAUCGUAUCUAGAGUAA